CUUACAAGUUGUCUUCACAUACAGGGUUUCCGAUGAUGUUAUCUCGUUGGUGGGCAACCCUUGUCCUUGACAUCUUAAAGAUACAUCUUCCUGAACAGGCGCUUGCUUAGGACUGCACUAGGAAGCCACUGAUGCUGCACACCCAACAAGCAGGGCACAGCUAAAUACAUUUAAGAAUGCGGCUUGAAACACUCGCUUUCUGCUGCUAGAAUGUGGAGCAGGCGUCAUUCGAUUCUAGUUCUCCUAAUUUGUGUCUUCUCGCGAUCGAUUUACAUCAAUGCGCUGGGCGUGGCUGCACAAGUUGCGGGCGUCAAGGCGCCGGAAGACGCCCACGCUAGCGUUUCUGCGCUAGGGAGGAAAUUGGUAUCACAAGUUACUACUCUAACUGGAGUGGGGGUCGCUACAGGGGUUGCUCGCGAAGCCGAUGACACGCCUCAAGUCACACCUGCGAGUCUACACAGCGCACAUCGGGUUCUUGCAGCAGAAACAACUCCACCAGCAAUUGUGCCCAUAUACUUCACAGCCACGGUCAGCUCGACGCCGCCGCUGGCCCCGGCGGACCCCCGGCUAGAAGCAGUCCAUGGCCUGCUCGCUAACGCAACGCUGGCGCAGACGGUCUAUGCAGCGGUGUCCUCGCGCCGGGUGCGGGUGCGGGUUGCGGUGGGCUCUGGUGGCUUCAUUCGCGACUGCUCCGACGCCUCGCUGUCCGCCUACAAGGCGCGGCUGGGCAGCCUGCUGGCGCUGAGCACCGUGGACGUACUGGUGUUGUGUGUGGUGCAGGGCGGCGGCGGUGGCGGCAGCAGCAACAGCACACAGGCUCCGCGGCCGCCGGCCUGCAGUGCCCUGUCCGCCGCCCUGGUGCUGGACACCACCCUGCGCCUGGCGCCCACAGCCAACGUCACAGCCAUGCAGUAUCGCUUGGCCGCGCUGCCCGGCACCGACACCACCCUGCGCGGCAUGUGUGUUCCCAGCCCAGCCUACAUGGCGCCCGCCGGCGCCUCGCUGGAUGUCGUGCUGUCUAUGCCCGACCCCACACGCCUCUACGCGGCCGCCGCAACAGCGGCCGCCGCCAGCCCGCCGCCCAUGCCGCUCGCCGCCUCCGGCUUGACGCCGCCGCCCCCUCCGGCGGCUGCUCUGGGCAACACCAGCAACAUCGACAAUGGCAGCGGCGAUGCCGCAGCCUUCCUGUCCCGUGUGGUCGAGGCGCUGACGUCAGACCUGCAGUUGGCGAUUGCGUUGGGCGUGGGGGUGCCGUUGGAGCAAGUGCAGGUAGUGCCGGGCACGUUGCAGAUGCGCCUGCCGCCCUCGCCGCCGCCGUCGCCGCCGUUGCCGCCGCCAUUGCCGCCGCUGCCCUCGCCCUCUGCGUUGCCGGUGGUGGUCGUUCGCGACCCCAACACGGUCGGCACGUUUGAGAGCAGUAGGCAGUGGAGCAUACCCAUCAUCAUCUCACUCAGCGUUGCGGCCGGGCUGGUGGCGCUGUUAAUGAUUGUGGCGUACGUCCGCUCCAAACGCAAGCGCGACAGCAGCCGAAUGCUGCACCGCGCCAAGUCCUCCGCCCGGGCGGUGCACUUCAACGACGAUGAAGUUAUGGACACCACCGCACCCGGGGCCGGGCCGGCCGGGCCCAAGGACGAGGAGGUGGCCAGGCAGAUGUCACUGGCGGCGCCGGAGAUGGCAGCCAUGGGGCUGGGGCUAGCAGGCGUCAGCUUCAGCGGCGUCAGCAAGAGCGGCGUUAGCAUGAGCGCACGCAGCCUAACAGGCGGCGCCGCCGCCGGCACCACCGGGGACGCGGCGCCGGCUGGGCGGCGGUCGUUCAAGAAGGUACUGAGCAAGGUGAUGGGCCGGGAGGUGCCGUCGGAUGAAGAGUCAGGCAUCGGCGCGGCGGCUGCGGCGGUGGACGAGGACCGGAGGCUGCCGCCUGUGUCCCGCGUCCGCAGUGCCGUUCAGCAGGACAUGCUCAAGCGAGCCGCCCUGCGCAGGCUGCUAGAGGAAAACAAGGCUGCGGCAGGCGGGGGCGGCCACGGCGCGGUUGACAGGUCAGCUGCGUCCGCAGCGGUGGUAGGCACACGUGCAGGCGCAGGCGCAGGCGUGGGUGCCUGGCCUUCCCUAGCUGCGGUGACAACGAAGGCGCCGCGCUCGCAGCCCAGCGGGCACAAGGGCGCGGCGCUGGCGCUGGCAAACGACAACGGCAGUGCGGGCGGCGGCGGGCCAAGCGACGACGCGAGCUCGGGUUCAGGCGAUGAUUAUGUCGGAGGCCUUACGGACUCAGACCAGCAGGGCGAUAUGGGUGCGGCGGCAGCAGCCGCCGCGUUGUUGCAGCGGCGCUCCGUGACCACCGCCGGCGUCCUCAGCGGCGGCUCUGCCAGCGGCAGCGGCCGGCCUCGCAGCGCGAUGCUGCGGAGCGGCGCCGGCAACGGCACCGGCAGCGGCCGGAACAUCAACGUCAGCUUUGCGCAGGAAGUGGCCGUGGAAGACGCACGCGCGGCGCGAUCUGUUAGCCAUGCGGGCCGCACGGCGCCAGUGGCGCACCAUGCGGCGAUGGGGCCCGCGGCGGUGGUUCACGAGGGAGCUGCUGGCGGUCGGGUGGGCGGGCUGCUGGCGCGCAUGUUCAGCCGCAAGUCCAAGAGCGGGGCACCAGAAGACGAGGAAGGCGGCGGGCACUCGUCGCGUGCACUGAUGCGGAGCCCCAGCCGCGUCGGCACCAUUGUUUCCACCCGCGACGGCGACGAGCUCGCCGCGGCGGCGGCCGCCGUUGGUGAUGAUGGCGAAGACGGCGACGACAGUGACGACGGCGCAGCUCUGCCCGAGCGCGGCGGGCCUGAUUUCGCAAUGCCCGCCAGCGCGGGUGCUGCUGCAGCGGCCGCUGCAGCCGGCGGCAGCGGCGCCACCUCACCUGUGGCGUCGUACCGGUCCCUGGGCGGCGCCUCAGCACGAUCCAUGGGUGGCAUCUCGGCGCGGCGGGUAGACAGCUACAAGAGCGUGGUGCAGGACGAGACGGGCCAGGGGAUUAUGGUCUACGAGCAGCGCCGGCCGCCACGCGGCCACCGAAGCCACACGGACAUGGGGCUCGCGGGCACUGGAGUGGCAGGCGCCGCCGCGGCGGCUGUGGCGGCUGCGCUGCAGGGGCGCAUGUCCGGGGACCCCGACCGCGCGCGGAUGCAGGCGCAGGCGCGGGAGCGGGAGCGGGAGCAGAUGUCGCCCGAUGUGUUGUCGCGGCCAGCCCAGGGGCCCACCGCCUCGCCACCGACAAAGCCGGAGCCCCAAAAGCGCAACACCAUUGCCGGCUUCUUGUUCAGCCCCUUCCGCUCCAGCGGCACUGCUUCCAUUCCGUCGCCCGGCGCGGCCGCCACCGCCGCUAUCCUCGCGUCGACGCGGCCGCCGGCACCCAGCCCGCUGCGCCGCUCAAUUACUGCCGCGUCAACCGAAGAUCCCAACGACCCUAAUGGCGUCGCCAGCUCCACCAGCCCCUUCGACUCCAAGUCUCACGGCUACGGCGGUCCCAGCCGCCAGGGAACCAGCAACAGCAACAGCCAGCCGAGCGACCGGCUGUCUCCGCCGCCAGUGCCACCGCGCCGCGCCGCCGCGCUCAGUGGACGCGAGCCUCUCCGCUCGCCGCAGCGCAGCGGCGGCAGCGGCAGCGGCAUGGCGGGUGGCGGGGCCGGGUACUCGCUGCGGCGUCAGCUGCUGUCCAGCAACAGUGAGGUGAUGGCGGCAGAGGGGCUGCUGCCUGUGAUGCCGCCGGCGCACAUGGUGCCGGCGUCGUUGGACUACGACGAGGAAGAUAUCCGGGUGGAGGCCGCGCCGCGCGGCUUGGGUAACUUGCUCGCCAGCGCGCCCUCCUUCCGGGCCGCGCGCACCAACAGCCGCACCGGCGAGGCAGCCCUGUCCUCCAGUGGCACGGCCGCAGGCGCCGCCGCCGCCGCCAUGAUGGCCAGCAGCCCACAACUGGGCGGUGGCGGCAACUCGCGACCCGCCUCCCGAGCCGGCAGCAUCACCAAUCCGGGCGUGACGGGCGGCGCGCCCGGGGGCGUUCCUCGUGCUGUAGGCCGCCGGGCAUCGCAGGUGCUGGGCGUCGAGGAGGGCGGCAUUGCCCGCCCCGCCAGCGCCAGCAUGGGCGGGGGCCGGCCGCCGUCGCGCCCGGCGUCGCCGCUGCCCUCUGACGGCGGCUGGAACCAGGUCAAGGAGCAAUCGGUCAGCGGUGGCAGUGGAGGCGGCGGCACCGGUAACCGGCACCAGCCGCCGAAGCGGCGCGGCAGCAGGUUUGCGUCCGGCACGCAGAGCUCACUCAUGUCGCCGUCGCCGAGGUCGCGCGAGGAUGAGUGGCCGGCAGCGGUGGCCAGCGGCAGUGGUGGUGGCGGCGGCGUCAGCAGCGGCGCCGGCAGCCCAAAUGUGGUAGGCGUGGCGCGCAUGAUGACGUUGACGACGGUCGGCGAGGAGACGGGCGCCAGCGGCCGCCUCAGCGGCUUCGUGGGCGUCGGCGCCGCCAUGCCAUCGGCUGGAGUGGGGUCAGAUGUGGACGCGGAGAUGCUUGCGCUGGGCAUGCGGGAGGUGCCUGGUGACCUGUCGCUGGGGCCCGGCAGUAGCACACGCACCACUGGCCAGCUCAAGGGGAUGGCGGCCAUGUCGCUUCAGUCCGACGGCCGCCUGGCCUCCGGCGGCGGCGGGGCAUGGGGCACGAGCUCCGCUUCUGGCGGCCACUAUGGCGUCAUGGCGGCGGCUGCGCUGGCGUCGGACGGCGCUGGCGUGGCACGGCCGCUGGGUGGCCUGCGCCAGUCCGUCAUCCCCAGCCUCUCGGCCGCUGGCGGGGGAGGCAGCCGCAGCUUUAGCGGGAAGCCGCCGCUGCCGCGCUCCAGUGCGGCCGGUCAGCGUGUGGGCUGGGCGCCGGGCGUUGCCGGCGACGACGGUAGCCGCGGCGGCAGCCCCGCCCGCAGUGUGGCCAGCCCACGUGACCAGGCGGUGGCCUCGUCGACAGGGCUGAUGGGCGCUGGUGGCCGUGCCGGCGGCGGCGGCGUGCGCAAUGGCGUUCGCUUUUCCGGCGGCUUGAAUAGCAUGGAUGACGACGGCGGUAGCAGUGAUGGCGGCGCGCGCUGGGCUGCGCUGAAGGAUAGCGUCAAUGAAACGCUGGCAGCAGCGGGCAGCGAGCUGGGUGGAGGCGGCGAUGCGGCGCAGCCGGCGGGCCGCACCUGGCGACGCAGUGUCACGGCGUUCUCGCAGCGCACCCGCGCCAGCGCUGCCGGCAAUCUCCAGGCUAGCGCCGGCACUGAGGCGGGUCACGACGGCGACGGGGGCGGCGACGGGGAAGCGGCCGCGUCGGCGCUCCGCGCUUGGACAACUCGACGGGCGCUGUCCAUACGGCAGCACGCCGGCACCGACAGCGGCUUCGCGAGUCUAGCCACCGGGCCGCGGGACGAGCCGCCAGCAGCCGCGGCAGGCGGUGGAGGUGGAGAAAGGCUGAAGUUGGACGGACUGCUGGCGGCCGGUAGCGGCGGUAGUGGCAGCGGCGGCGGCGCGGAACCGGCGGCGGCGCGGAAGGGCGCAUGGAGGAUGCAUGAAAACGGGCUGUGGGAUACAGCACCAAGUGACAAGAGUAUCCCGCCCCUGGGAAAGAAAUAAGGCCUAUGUCGUGCGCGUCGGCUGGCUGUUGAACUACCGUACGGUCAAACGACAUGGCAUUACAUUGCACUGCAUAAGUUGAGGGAGGGGCCACCGCCCGCCCUUCUCUACCUGCGCACUGACGUUUCUGCUCAAGCUUCCACGUUUGGGCUGCCAAGUUGGCUUGCCCCUUCCCCCCGAAGGGGGAGGGGCAAUAGCCAUUGCGGUCGCAUCGAGCUCGCCGCGGGGGGCCCUCCCGGUUAUGCCAGUAACCGGGAAAGUGCACCUGGCAGGCCCCGUUGCUCCAGCCAAAAUGCUUGUUAAAUUUAAGAAGCUGCUCACUGUAUUUGUGGCGACGCAUAACUUUGCAAAAACGAGUGAAUUGGUGUAACGCACAAGUACCGAUGCAGUGUUAGAGUUCAAGCGCAGUGUAUGUUAAGUUAUUUGUAAAAUUUAGCGAGCAGGCGCCCGGCGGUAGACGACGGAAUCGGAGGCGUCAUAGGAUCCGGCCCUCCGACACUUACAUGCUCGCGCAAAAUACAGCGCCCCACUGAUCUGAUAAGCGCGUCUCAUUCUUCAUGCGCGAUAAUGGCUGGUACUAUGCUCAUGGCCCGCAGCGGAGCAGCCAGUCGCAUACUCCCGCGAGUCCCACGGCUGUGCCCCGAUCCUCACGCCACUCUCGCCCCCCUUCCGCCCGCCGUGUCCCGCCCCCCCCCCCCCGCGAUAGGCGCGCCGUGCUGAUCAGAUCAGCGCUAAUACCAUAACUACAUAACUACUGAAUGCGAGAUCAUGGAUGUGCCAAUGCGUUGGUCUUCCUAGAGAAUCGCUGUACAUACCCCCCUGCACCACCCCUCAUUGGCUUGGGCUGGUGACUGCGCCCCCCCCUCCCCUCUCUUGCACCGCGGGCGGGGCGCCUGAGGGGGGAGGGGCAAGCCGGGGUACUGCGUAGCGGUAGGGGUUUGUGAUAAAUGACGGGUUGUUAUGGGGAUAAAUGCAUGUGCCUCAUCAUAUUGCAAACCAUCCACGGGGCUGGGAAUGGCGGCGUGCAACGACGUGCACGGCCACUCGGUGUCCCCAUUCAAUUGCAUUGCUAGAUGUGGGACGCACAGGCGGCACCGGUACCAUGAGUUGCUUUCAUGCUGGGCUGCGGUCGCACUGGUUGUUACGGCUCAGCUCAGGGCGUCACAUAUACCGUAUGACGGCACUGAUGCUGCACGGGAGCUGCAAUUCCUCCCCUGGUGAGCUGCGUGGCGGAACGACACUGAACAAGUGCUGGCGCAUAGGUGUCGUGUGUCCUCCAGGCCGCGGCCACUGUGUGCCGUGCGCGCCACCGCGGAUGCCUUGACCCCAGCCCUCGCAUACGGGACCGUGACCGUGGCGCACACAGGUGUCAUGACUUGGCGCGUGACCGUGCGUAUCGUGUGACUGGGUGGUUCGGGUGUGGUUCUGGCGUGUGGGAAGAAGGGAACGUGCCCGAGGCUGGUUGGCCCGACACGGUGUAUUGCAUGGGAGGCCGGAGUACGGGUGACGAUAAAGGUCGCGUUUGAGCGCGGCUAGAGCCGUCCGCCCGUCCCUCAUUCCGAUCCUAGGCGUAUACCGUAGUCUUUGACCGUUCAAUGUGAGGGACCCGUCCUAGUGGACGUAACACUCAGAGGCAACAAUAUGUAAGGCAGAACGUGA